UGUGUCUCAUUUGACAGUUCGUAAAACGGCGCGCAACCAUUACCUUGUGAAAUACACAACUUUUUGAAUACUGCGGCGUAAUUGAAAUACUGAACGAGACGAAUUGAACGCAAAAUAUUGAAUUUGUUUGAAAUCAUACAUAAUUCAUUGGGCAAACGAUGGAUGCGUCAACAGGUGCAAACAUUUGUUGCAUUUGCCGAAAAUCUGAUACCGAUGAUUUGGCUUAUGGCAAAUGGGAAUCAAUCCGUGGUUACAAGGCACAUCAAUUUUGUUUGUUGCUCCUGACAAAAUCGAGGGGAAUUGAUGAUGUGAUCGAAAAUGGUGAAAUUCAGCUUAAAGAAUUUGAUACGUCGAUUUGCUACGUUUGCAACGAAAAAAAUGCCACUGUUUUUUGUUCGGCGAAGAAUUGUCAACGUGCAUUCCAUGUGGUCUGCGGCGAGAAAAAGCAUUGUCUGAUGAAAUACGUCGAACCAUACGAUGCUUAUUGCGAUGAACAUCAUGGUAUUUUGGAAAUACCACCCGCGUCAUGGGAAUGCCAAGCCUGCUGGGAAUCUUUCGGCCAGCCAGAACACGAAAACAACCGAAGUCCAGUUGAUUUUAUUCCAUCAUGCUGCCGCCACGGCUGGUACCAUCGCCGCUGUAUUCGGAAGCAAGCGCACUUCUCGGGUGACAACAUGAAGUGUCCGUCGUGCGGUGCAAUGGGCGAUGAUCGUGCCACUUUUCAACGUUUUGUGCAAACACGCGGUGUUUUUAUUCCAAAGCGGUCUGCUUUGUAUCCACUUCACCUGGACGAGAAGAAGAAGAAUCUCGCCGAAAAAGAACGAUCUCUCUAAAGCCAAAGAAUCUUUUAUGCCCAAUAAAUUUGUAUAAAAUAGGGCUCGAAACUUUGUAAAAAGAAUAAUACUAUGACCUAUUUUGAAUAUUCAUUUUAUUUUUACACAUAUAUUCGCUCUAUAUAUUGCUAUGGAAACCGCAAUCUAAUUGAAUUUCAUGGAAACAUGAAGUUUUCGCUUACACUGAAAUGAAUUAAAAAAUCAUAUACUUUUCUUAUUGAA